ACAGGCUGCUGCAGCAUGAACACAUCGGAGGCGAAGGACUACCUGACAGACAGACACAUCCCCCGGCUGUUCGAGAGCUUACUGACAGGCCUCAUGUAUUACCGGCCAGAGGACCCUAUAAAUUACCUGGAACUGUGUCUGCAAAGAGUUCGGGAUUUAGGGGGACCUGAAAAGGUGCAGUGGGACACAUUUCUUAGUCGGACAUUGCCACCUAUUAAUGGCGGUCAAGGGAAGAAAAGCAAACACAAGGCAGAGGUGGCCCAGCCCUCGCAUAUGCACCGCUAUGAGCGUCUGCCUCCUAUCCAGUCUCAGUUCUCCAUCGACAGUGAUUCCGAUAUGACAGAAUCUUCCGGACUUAUUCAGGAAUAUGACGUAUUUGACCCCAAUAGAGAGAGACCUAAAAUCAUCUUUGUCAUUGGUGGUCCAGGCAGUGGGAAGGGUACUCAGAGCACAAAGAUGGCAUCCCAUUUUGACUUUGUCUGUGUUUCUGUUGGAGAGAUCCUACGCAAACAGCUUAUUCACCAUGCCAGCAGUGACCGCAAGUGGGAGCUGAUAGCGCAGAUUAUUUCUAAAGGAGAUCUUGCUCCUCCGGAAACAACGAUUGAGGAAUUAAAGCAGCAGUUUAUCAACCAUCAGGAUGCUCGUGGCUUUGUGGUUGAUGGAUUCCCAAGGGACAUCGGACAAGCAUUCACAUUUGAAGAACAGAUUGGUACCCCGGAUCUGGUGAUCUUCUUGUCAUGUUCAAGCCAACGUCUACGUCAGCGUUUGGAGAGACGCUCUGCCCAACAGGGUCGGCCUGACGACAAUGCUCACGCCAUUGACAGAAGACUGGAGACCUUUAAAAAGAACCUUCCUCUGAUUGUCAAGUAUUACCAGGACAAGGGGCUCAUAGCCAGGUUCGAUGCAGACAGAGAGGAGAAUUGCAUCUUUGAGGACAUUUGCUGCGCGGUACAAGGUCUUCUCUUUCCAGACGGUUUAGGAGUGGAAGGAUUCUGCCCGCAGAGCUUCCGUGCCUCUUGUUCUGAAGACCCCACACAGACCAAGGACGUGGAGUACAAAGAUCAGACAGAGGUUACCUACAGCCCAAAUCCCACAGAAAUGGCAGAGAAAUUAAAGAACAGUAAGAUCGUAUUCGUUGUGGGUGGACCAGGCUCUGGCAAGGGGACCCAGUGCGAGAGGAUCGUAGAAAAAUAUGGCUACACCCAUCUGUCCACCGGGGACCUACUGAGGGCAGAGGUGUCCUCCGGCUCCGAGCGGGGAAAGACUCUGUCUGCCAUCAUGGAGAGAGGGGAGUUAGUGCCUUUGGACACAGUACUGGACAUGUUGAGAGACGCUAUGAUUGCCAAGGCUGAUACCUCUAAAGGAUACCUCAUAGAUGGAUACCCACGUGAGGUCAAGCAGGGAGAGGAGUUUGAGAAAAAGAUUGCUGCUCCAUCACUGCUGCUGUACAUUGAUGCUGGGUCUGACACAAUGGUGAAACGAUUACUGAAACGUGGUGAAACUAGUGGCCGGGCUGAUGACAAUGAAGCCACCAUAAAGAAGAGGCUGGAGACUUACUAUAAAGCCACAGAACCCGUCAUUGCCCUGUAUGAGAAGAGAGGCAUUGUGCGAAAGAUCAACGCAGAGGGAUCAGUAGAUGAUGUCUUCAAACAAGUCAGCCAAGCUCUGGACGGCCUUAAAUAAACAGCAAUGCAGACAAAAAAAAUGCCUUAUUUUUCUCUAUAAGCAGCAGUGUCUGGCCUUAUUCUCUGACCCCCAGAAAUGUUACUAUGCGUGUUGGAAAACAAAAAUAACAAACACAUUCAGCCAGCCUAAUUUAUUAUUAUUCUGUCGGCCCAUCAUUGGUUUCACGCGUCACACUGUCCCUUCCAGAGACUUGAAAGAAUUUGCCCCUCUUCCCGUAGGAAGGUGCGAUCUGUAACCCUGCCCCCCCUCUGUCUGUCCCCAGAAUGUUGAUAUCCUCACUCUUUUCCUGUUUUCUUGAACAGUAAACAACUUCAAGGAAA